CACGGAACGACUUUCGUAAGGGAUGAGUACCUUAGCCGGCGCCUCUUGGUGUUGCACUUCCGGAGGCCGGAAACCCUUGCCAUGGCUGCGUCUCCACAGGCGCGGACAGAGAAAGAGUCCACAACGACGGAGAAUGGGUUUCGGAACCAGAAACGAGGGAACCGCGGUGUGGAUGAAUCAGAACUCCUCACCGUUCCUGAUGGAUGGAAAGAACCUGCGUUUACAAAGGAUGACAACCCCAGAGGACUGUUAGAAGAAAGCAGUUUUGCAACUUUGUUUCCCAAAUACAGAGAAGCCUACCUGAAGGAAUGUUGGCCUUUGGUGCAGAAAGCUUUGCAUGAACAUCACAUAAAUGCAACACUGGACCUAAUUGAAGGCAGCAUGACUGUUUGCACAACUAAGAAGACUUUUGAUCCUUAUAUCAUCAUCAGGGCCAGGGACUUAAUAAAGCUUUUAGCAAGAAGUGUCCCAUUUGAACAGGCAGUACGAAUUCUUGGGGAUGACACUGCAUGUGACAUCAUCAAGAUUGGUUCUUUAGUGAGAAAUAAAGAGAGAUUUGUAAAAAGAAGACAACGGCUUAUUGGGCCAAAAGGAUCUACUCUGAAGGCAUUGGAAUUGUUAACAAACUGUUACAUCAUGGUUCAGGGUAACACUGUUUCAGCUCUUGGACCAUUUAAUGGUUUAAAAGAAGUUCGAAAAGUAGUCCUCGAUACUAUGAAAAAUAUUCAUCCAAUCUACAAUAUCAAAACAUUGAUGAUUAAACGAGAGCUCUCAAAGGACGCUGAGUUAAGAUCACAAAAUUGGGAAAGAUUUUUGCCACAGUUCAAGCACAAAAAUUUGAAUAAACGCAAGGAGCCAAAGAAAAAAACUGUCAAGAAAGAGUAUACACCAUUCCCACCUCCACAGCCAGAAAGUCAGAUUGAUAAAGAAUUGGCCAGUGGUGAAUACUUUUUGAAAGCAAGUCAGAAGAAGCAACAAAGAAUGGAGCAAAUAAAGGCUAAACAAGCUGAAGCAGUCAGUAAGAGACAAGCAGAAAGAAACAAGGCUUUUAUCCCACCGAAAGAAAAACCAGUUAUGAAACCUAAGAAAGCUCCUGCUGAAACAAAAAUUGAUAUAGCUGCUCUCAAAGAAAAAGUGAAGAAGGCAAAGAAAAAGAAGCUGGGAGCCCUUACUGCUGAAGAAGUAAAGUUGAAGAUGGAAGCUGAUGAAAAGAGACAGAAAAAGAAGAAAAAAUGAGAAGCAAAAAAAAAAAAGACGAGUUAGAACAGGAUUUGUAUAUCUUUCUUUCCUUUUGUAAAGGAUUUUUAGGCUUUGACCUUUGUUUCCUCAUCUGAAAAGUGAGGCUGUGCAGUAGGACACAUUUUUGAUAAUUUAAAUGAAUCUUGUUUCAUAAAACAAGGCUUUAUCUAAAUACAGGCUGUUGUUAUCAUUUACAUAUUUGCUAACAAAAUAAAUUAUCAACUAAAAAAGAAAGGCAUCUGUUUAACUUAAGUAGAUUAAGGUAGUUUUAUUCCAGGAAGGUUCAGAUGGAAGUGAGUUUCCAUUCAGUUUUAUAUCAGGUGGAGUAAAAAACAUCUGACAUGUGCUAAUCUGUUUUGCCAUCAGACUUGCCUUGUAAAAGUAAAUUAGUUUGUUGUUAUUUGUUUUUCCUAAAUACAUAUCUUGUGCUAUUACUUAACUUCCCUGGAAGAUAUGUUACACUUCCUUUCUAUCAAAAACUCUUCUAUUUUCCUCACCAAAAAAUACUGUCAGUGCAUUUUUGACAUAACCAUGGCAAAUCAUGUUUUAGAUUUAUUAUUGUUUACUCUGCUUAAUUUCUUUGUUGACAUAAUUGCCGUCUCUUUACUCUUGCUCAGAUGCAUUUUAUAACCCAGCAGAAGUAAGGGAAACCCUUUUGUCUUAACUAUUUCCCUAGCUUUCUAGCUAAGAUUUGAAACAAAGAUUGAAAACUAAAUGAGAGAAAAGAUUGGUUGGUUUUUUUUUUUUAUUUUUUAAAAAUUUAUUUAUUUAACAUAUUUAGUUUUCAGCAUUGAUUUUCACAAGAGUUUGAAUUACAAAUUUUCUCCCCAUUUCUACCCUCCCCCCCACUCCAAGAUGACGUAUAUUCUGGUAGCCCUGUUCCCCAUUCAGCCCUCCCUUCUGUUACCCCACUCCCCUCCCAUCCUCUUUUCCCUUCCUUUCUUGUAGGGCAGGAUAAAUUUCUACGCCCUAUUGCCUGUGUAUCUUAUUUUCUAGUUGCAUGCAAAAACUUUUUUUUUGUUGUUUUUGAACAUCUGUUUUUAAAACUUUGAGUUCCAAAUUCUCUCCCCUCUUCCGAAAAGAUUGUUUUGAAAGGUAAUAUUUUCCAGCCAAAGAAAACUGGGGAGUCAAGAUGAGUUCAGUUUGGGACUGUAGAAGUCUUCUAAUCCAAUCCUCUGAUUUAAAUUUUUUUUUCAAUUAAGUAUUUGUUUUCUCUUCCCACCACACCUACACUCCCAUUGGGGGCCGGUGGUUUGUGAGGCAGGGUUUCCAACAAAUAUGCUUAGACAAGCAAAACAAUAAUGAUAUCUAAAAGUAUAUAUCUCUUUUCGCAUCUUUAGUACUUCACAUCUCUGUCAGGAGGUAGGUUGCUUUCCUCAUCAUUGGUCCCCUAGAGUCUUGAGAGUUCUUAAAAGUGUUUCAAAGCUACUUGUUUUUUCCAUAGUGUUAAUUGCAUAAGUUGUGUUUGCUGGUUCUGUCACUUCACUCUUCAUCAGUUCAUACUGGUUUCUCUGCUCUUUCAUCAUUUCUUUUUUGGAAAUAGUAUUUUAUUUUUUUUUUCCAAUUACAUGUAAAGAUACUUUUCAGUAUUUGUUUUUUUAUAAAAUUUUGAGUUCC